AUGGACGAUGAAGACCAGGUGAUGGCCUAUAUGCCUCGCAAGAGGCAUCGGGCCUUGACAAGAGUUGGAUCCAAUGACUCUGGCACAAGGCAACCGAGGAGUCGCUAUGUCAAUGGCCGCGUUAAUCUGGAAGGGACGAAUGACUCCUUGCUGCCUUUGCCGCAGAAGGCCUUCCAGCACUGCACCUACCAACUUAGACAGGUGCCACACACAAUUUCCUUCCUCUGUGGCAGUGACCGUCAUGUGGAGAAAUGGCUGCGCCACAAUGUCGUUUUCGAGCGGUUUCAUCGAGAUGUGUUCCAUGAUGCCUUCAUGAACGAGCAGAAGGUAGAUAUUUUUGCGGCAGGCCCUCCUUGUCAACCAUUUUCUCCGGAGGGUGCAAAUGCAGGAGAUGAUGAUUCCAGAGCCCAUGUUAUCCAGCCGAUCAAGACCUACAUCUGUCAAGCUCAGCCUAGAGCCUUCAUACUGGAGAACGUGGCUUCGUGGAGCAAGUCGGAUAUCUUCAGGCAGACCAUGGAUGAUCUGGGCGGUCUGAAAAAUGAGGAUGGGUUGCCGGUGUACAAUAUAUACCGCAAAGUCCUGCAGACGUGUCAUUAUGGAGUGGCCCAGAACCGCAGCAGGCUCUACAUCGUCGGCCUCCUCGCCGACGAAGACAAAGGCUUCAAGUUCCCGGAGGCGUUCAAUGAGAAGCCAGACAUUGCAGAUCUUUUGGAUUCGAGAGAGCUGCCUCGACCGAUCAAGGACAUUUCAGAGAUGAGCCCUGAACUUGCGAACUCGACUUCCAAGACACGACAAAAGUGCCUGGCCGCAGUCCUCAGCCACUUCGAGAAAACGGGUGAGUGCCCUUGGACAUCCCACAUCAUCGUGGACACUCAGCAUGGGCGGAGUGAUGCGCGCUUUUACAAAGAUUGCUUUCCAACUCUUACGGCCGCUCGUUGCCAACAGCGAGCCUAUUUCAAUUUGAGGUUGAACCGCUAUCAUACCAUGUCUGAGCUUUUCCGUGCACAAGGUGCAGACCCGGAGGGUAUGGACAUGACUUGCAUUUCGGAACACCAGCUGGGGCACCUGGCUGGAAAUGCCAUGAGUGUUAAUGUGAUGAUUCACCUUUUGGGCUCCAUUAUGCUGAGCUGGUAG